GAUUACUUUCAAUUUUCAAUUCAUUUUUGUCUGUCAUUUAACAUUAACAACAUUUGGGAUUAAAUUGUUUCUUUUUUUAUAAUUAGCCAACAAUCAAUUUUAAUAUGAGUGAAUACGAUGUUGAAGGAUACAAUGGUCAGGAAGACGACGGUCGAGAUGGUCUUCUUGACCCGGCUUGGGAGAAACAGCAGCGAAAGACCUUUACGGCUUGGUGUAAUUCUCACCUAAGAAAAGCUGGAACUCAGAUAGAAAACAUUGAAGAAGACUUCCGAAAUGGCCUUAAACUUAUGUUACUUUUGGAAGUUAUUUCUGGUGAAAGUUUACCCAAACCUGAUCGGGGUAAAAUGAGAUUCCACAAAAUUGCCAAUGUCAAUAAAGCCUUAGACUUCAUUGCCAGUAAAGGAGUUCGUUUGGUUUCCAUUGGUGCCGAGGAGAUUGUAGAUGGAAAUGUAAAGAUGACUCUUGGCCUAAUCUGGACAAUCAUUUUGAGAUUCGCCAUCCAAGAUAUCUCCGUUGAAGAGAUGACCGCUAAAGAAGGACUUCUCCUUUGGUGUCAACGAAAAACGGCUCCCUACAAGAACGUUAAUGUUCAAAACUUCCAUAUGAGCUGGAAGGAUGGUCUUGCUUUCUGUGCAUUAAUUCACAGGCACCGUCCCGAUCUCCUUGACUAUUCAAGUCUAUCCAAAGAUCAUCCAUUAGAGAAUCUAAAUUUGGCUUUCGAUAUCGCCGAGAAACACCUUAACAUACCUAAAAUGUUGGACGCCGAAGACAUGGUUAACACGGUUAAACCCGAUGAAAGAGCCGUUAUGACCUAUGUUUCCUGCUAUUAUCAUGCCUUUCAAGGUGCUCAACAGGCUGAGACUGCAGCUAAUCGGAUAUGUAAAGUCCUUAAAGUUAAUCAAGAAAAUGAACGUCUCAUGGAAGAAUAUGAGCGACUUGCUUCUGAUCUUUUGGAAUGGAUCCGUCGAACUACUCCUUGGUUGGAGAAUCGUACCACUGACAAUACACUGCCCGGAGUUCAAAAGAAGUUGGAAGAAUUUCGUCAAUACCGUCGAGUUCAUAAACCACCUCGAGUUGAACAAAAAGCUCGUCUUGAAACUAAUUUCAAUACCCUACAAACUAAACUUCGUUUAAGUAAUCGACCAGCCUAUUUACCAACCGAGGGUAAAACUGUGGCGGAUAUUGCCAAUGCAUGGAAAGGUUUAGAAACAGCGGAACGAGGAUUUGAAGAAUGGCUUUUAUCUGAGAUGAUGAGACUUGAACGACUUGACCAUUUGGCUCAAAAGUUCAAGCAUAAAGCCGAUAUCCAUGAAGAAUGGACUCGAGGUAAAGAGCAAAUGUUACAAAGCCAAGAUUUUCGACAUUGUCGCCUAAAUGAGGUUAAAGCGCUGAAAAAGAAACACGAAGCCUUUGAAAGUGAUUUGGCUGCCCAUCAGGAUAGGGUUGAACAAAUUGCCGCCAUUGCUCAAGAAUUAAACACUUUAGGUUACCAUGGGUCGGUUCAAGUCAAUGAAAGAUGCCAACGGAUUUGUGAUCAAUGGGAUAAACUUGGUUCACUCACCCAGGCCCGUCGGAUUGCCCUGGAAGAAGCUGAAUCAGUUUUGGAAAAAAUUGACACCCUUCACCUUGAAUUUGCCAAAAGAGCUGCACCAUUUAACAAUUGGUUGGAUGGAGCUCGUGAAGAUUUGGUUGAUAUGUUUAUAGUUCACACCAUUGAGGAGAUUCAAGGACUCAUUGAAGCUCAUGAACAAUUCAAGAUGACCCUUGGUGAAGCUGAUAAAGAGCACAAGUCAAUCAUUGCUUUAUCUCAGGAAGUCUCAUCAAUCGCCACCAAAUAUCAGGUUCCCGGUGGUAUCGAGAAUCCUUAUACUAGUCUUACUCCUGAUGAAAUAUCUAACAAAUGGGCUGAUGUUAAACAAUUAGUGCCAAAACGAGAUCAAGUUUUAUCGGCUGAAUCAAUGAGACAGCAACGAAAUGAAGGGUUACGACGUCGAUUCGGUGAAAGGGCAAACGUUGUCGGCCCUUGGAUUGAAAGGCAAAUGGACGCUGUUGCUGCCGUUGGAAUGGGUAUGCAAGGUACUUUGGAAGAUCAGAAAAACAAGCUUAUCCAAUACGAUCAAGCUGUUAAUCAAUAUCGUCCCAAUAUGGAUGAAUUGGAAAAGAUUCAUCAAGAAGUUCAAGAAUCAAUGAUAUUUGAGAAUCGAUAUACACAAUUUACCAUGGAGACACUUCGAGUUGGUUGGGAGCAGCUAUUGACAUCAAUUAAGCGAAACAUUAAUGAAGUAGAAAAUCAAAUAUUGACUAGAGACUCGAAGGGAAUCACACAAGAGCAACUCAAUGAAUUCAGAAUGUCAUUUAAUCAUUUUGACAAAACAAGAGGUGGACGACUCAAUCCAGAUGAAUUUAAAUCAUGUCUUGUUAGUCUUGGUUAUAAUAUACGAAGUGAUAGGCAAGGUGACGCUGAUUUCAGGAGGAUUAUGCUAAUCGUUGAUCCAAAUAACACCGGCUAUGUUACUUUUGACACCUUCCUUGACUUUAUGACCAGAGAAGCGACAGAUACCGAUACUGCUGAACAGAUUAUCGAUUCAUUCAGAAUUUUAGCCGGAGAUAAGCCUUUCAUCACGGCUGAUGAGCUUAGACGUGAAUUACCACCUGAUCAAGCUGAAUAUUGUAUCAAGAGAAUGUCACCUUAUCGAGGAACCGGAGCGGUACCCGGAGCAUUGGAUUAUAUGUCAUUCUCAACUGCACUUUAUGGCGAAAGUGAUCUCUAAACUCUCUCUCUCUCUUCCCUUCUCUCUCAUUCUUUCCUUCUGUCUUUUGACUCUCUCUUCCUCUCUCACUCUCCAAAUUCUUCUUCUUCUUAAACAAUCAGGAAAUAUUUCGAAUGAAAAAGAAAAAAAAGUCUAAUUAAUAAAAGAAAAUCAGAAAGAAGAAGAAUUCUCAAUUCUAUUCUUGAAGCGAUGUUUUCUAAAAACUUGAUCUUUAAGAUAAUCCCAAUGAAGUUUUGAUCUAAUCUACGAAAAAAAAAGAAAAAAUUAUUUUGAUUAUGAUCUUCAUUGGGAUCAAGAGUCAUCUGAGAAUUCUUCUUUGAAUAGACGAAUAGUUUCCAUAACAAAAGACAAUUAAAAUUCUGUUGGUUUCGGGUUCUAAAUUAAUCACAAUCUAAAUACCCUUUUGCUCAACAGUUUCAACAAUCUAAAUUCUCCAAAAUUUUCGAUCUUACAUCUUAUUAAUAAUAUCAAACAAUAAACAAAUUCUUUGAAAAGACAAUUUUAGUUCAAACAAAAACGAAAAAUGUAAUGAAAUUGAAAUUCUGUAUCUUCAUAUUCCUAAAUAACAUCAUGUUAUCAUUACAA